UUUAGCCUUUUAGUGGAGACUUUAAUUUUUUUAGUUUUUUGAUGUUUAUUUUUGAAGAUGAAUAAAACAGAUGAACCCAAAAUAUCUAAAAAUUUUGAAAAUAUUGCUUUAAAAUAUCUAAAAAAGAGUUUUGAGGAUCAGUUUGGGAGUAUUCAUAAGUUUUUUGAGGUAAAAAGUGGAGAAAAAAAUUUGUAUGAAAUACCAAAAUUAUCAGAAAAAGUGGAAGAUAAUGUUAUAAAACAAGAAGAAAAUCCUUUAGAGUUUCCUGAGGUUGUUAAUUUUUUAAAGAAGGAAAAAUUAAGAGCAGUAUCAAAUAAAAAUAUUGAAUUUCAUUCUUUUAUGUCGUCUAAAUUGCCAAAUUUUUAUGAAAAAAGAAAAUCUAUUAAAGAAGUUGUUAAAAAACAGUAUUUAGAUUAUGAACAAUUAAAAAAUGAUGUUGCUUUACAAAGAUUGUUAAGGGAGUCGCAUUUGUUAAAAAAAGGAUCAAAUAGAUCUACAUUUUCUCUUGAACCUAUUGGAAAACAAAGACAUAAAAUUAUUGAAAAUAGAAUUAAGUUACUAGGUGGCAAAGAAAUUAAAGAAAAAGUUCCUUUCAAAAUAAAAUUAGGGAUGAAACUUAAGGCAAAGAUUAGAAGUGAUAUCGCUAAAAAAAAGGCUAAAGAAUCAGGUGUUGUUCGAGCAUUGCCUGCACCUAAACCUAAAACAAAAUAUAAACGAAAUUACGGGUUAAAUGAGAUUAGGAUUGGGAAAUAUCAUAAAGGAAUGAUUACUUUAAGUGAAAAGGAUAUAAGGGAAGCUGUAUCUACGCCUAUAUUUUAUAAAAAAAAUAAGAAGCGUGAAAAUAAUAGGAAAUUUUUUUAAUAUUAUUGGAAGAUUUUUUAUAUUUAUUUAACA